AUGCGAUUCGGGGAGUGGAUUGGAUUGGAUCGGAUUUUCAACUCACCUCGACCAACAUCUUUUCUCCGUGUCGAUAAACAGCAAUUGGAAGUAGCCAAACGUGGAGGGCAGAUUCGGAAGAUAAAGAAUGGCCAAGAAGAUGGACGUGGAUACACAAUGGACACACAAAUGAUGAGGAAAGGAUGUGCUGCGUCGGGUCGGGUUACAAAGACGAGCAAGGGGACAAAUUCACAAGGUACAGAAUGGAUGGGAUUGGAAACGAAACGGCGGCGGAAAACGGAGACACGCCAGCUGGUACCAGCCAAAGACAGCCCAGGAGACAGUUGGUUGCUUGCUGGUUGCUGGUUGGACGGGGCAGCAGGGCAGAGAAAGGCUGUACGGAUAUGGGCCCCCAGGCAGGCGCAGUCAAGCCCAGGUCCAGGUAAGGGAAUAGAAGUUGAGGAAAGAAAGUGGGAAAAGAACUCUAGAGGAGAUGCCCUAAGCAACAAGCUGAUCUAUCAUAGACUCGACGCGAACGACCAAGACGUGAUUUUGUUUUUGUCUCCUGUCUCUGUUGGACUUGCGCUUAUAGGGGAAGGCGUCCAGGUUCCAGGGCACAGGACAGAGGACACACUGAAUCGCUUGCUCCACAAAGUUACCGCUCAUCACUACCUCUCACUGGCCUGGCCUGUGCUCCAUGCUUUUUUCUUGGCUCGUCAUGUCCUGUUCCGUCUUUUGGGUUCCCCAAUGACGUGA